AUGUUCGAGCUUACAAAAAUUCUUAUCAAAGAUUUAACCGAGUUGCUGAAAAACUCGGACGAUUAUAACAUAAAUAUUAUCGCCGGUGAAAACAGAGACAUAAAAAGUUUCAGGCUCACUCGUUUAUGCUUCGUGCACGUUCACCGUAUUUUCGACGUGCAUUAUCAAGUGGCUGGGCAAGAAAAGAAGGUAUUUAUAUACAGGACAGGUGUGGUUGAUCUCGAUCUAGAAAGUGGAGAGAAUAUCUUGAGCUUACUUGUUGCUGCGGAUGAACUCGAAAUUCAUGAAUUAAUUCAUCAUGCGCAAGAUAAUCUGAUGGUAAAAAAGUCAACUUGGAUUCAACAAAAUCUUGUAAAGAUUAUGCAUACCAUUUAUCUUCACGAAUCAUUCAAAAAAAUUAAACGAACUUGUCUUAAAACGAUCAGUGAAGAACCUCACAUGAUUUUCAAAUCUGAAGAUUCCUUAUCUCUGGAGAAAUCAGUGCUUGUAUCAUUGCUCAAACGUGAUGACUUAGCAAUGGAUGAAAUUGAGAUUUGGAAUUCAAUUGUCAAAUUUGGUGAUAUCUCUAGUGAUGAUUACUUUGAAAAAGAUGCAAAGAUGGAAAAUUUAGGUUAUUAUCUUAAAAACUCGAAUCAACAAUUUGCCAAACUACAACCACUCGAUCAGGUCUCUUCUAAUAAAUGUGAUGUGCUUCAGUAUAAAUUCAAACUUCUUUAUCGUGGCAGCCGAGAUGGAUUUGUAGCUACGAGGUACCGACAGUUCUACGGUGCUCAAUAUAAUAUUGUAGUAUUUGUGAAGAUAAACCAAACAGGAAAAAUUAUUGGCGGCUAUAACCCUAAAAAAUGGGAUGAAAACAUUAAUCACAAUAGAUGUAAUAACGCGUCUGAUGCAUUUAUUUUUACCUUCGAUAAAUGGAAGAGAUAUUAG